CGAGGGAGUUUUGUCCCUCGGAAUUUUCCGAGGAACUCCAUUCCCUCGGAAUAUUCCGAGGGAAAAUAUGUUCCUCGGAAUUUUCCGAGGAACAUAUGUUCCUCGGAAUUUUCCGAUAAACAUUCCGAGGAAUGUUUUGUCGAAACUUCCGAGGAUUUGACCAUCGGAAUUCCAUCGGUUUAUUCCGAGGAACCAUCCGACGAACAUAUGUUUCUCGGAGUUUCCUCGGAAUUUUGUUUCCUCGGAAUUCCGUCGGAAAUUUCCGACGGAAUUCCGAGGAAGUAUGAAUUUCCGAGGAGAUAUUUCCGAGGACUUUUUUCGUCGGUAUGUCGUCGGAAUAGCGUUAUUCCGACGACAUACCGACGAUUUUUUCCCUCAGUAUCCCGAUGUUUUCUUGUAGUGGUUGUAAUUUGAAAGAAAUCCUAUUCACUUACCACAACCUAGAUGCCACCUGAAGGUGAUUCGUUAAGACUCUCUUCGGUUCCUUGGCGAGCUGCUUGAUAAUAUUGUGUGGUAAGCUCUCGUUAUUUGCCUGAGCACAAAGAAACACCAUAAAAAGGAGACAAAUCAGACCAUGUAAAUUUUAAAGGCAUUUCAUGAAGUUUCAAAGGAAGCACAAUUCUAUUUCUAAGCAUGAAAUAAAUAAGCAGAGAAAGAGAAUUAUGAUGGAGAAUAAUAAGUGCAAAAGGACCCUCCACAGAAGUUCUUCUCCUCAGGUCAGAUAAACAGGCAGAAGCACCAAUGUGAUGGAAUCCUUUUGCAGGUCUUCAAGACAAACGCGAUCAAACUGAACCAAAGGCCACACAUACACUUAACAUUGGUCUUGUUUACAAAACAUCAAGUGUCAACAAAAUUACGUUUGGUCUUUACUUUAUUGAAGAUGAUUUAAUUGCGUUCUUGUUUACAAAACAUCAAGUGUCAACAAAAUUACGUUUGGUCUUUACUUUAUUGAAGAUGAUUUAAUUGCGUUUAAUAGUAUAUUGUAUAGAACUUGUACAUUAUAUAUAAACAUUAUUAAAUUAUUAGAAGAUAAUACAAUAGUGAUUAGCGUGUAACGUGUAAUCAGAUACUGUCAAAUGUGAUUUUAGGGAUUAAGUGAUCAUAGAAAUUGUGAUGAUCUUCUUUCUCUACACUAAAUGACCCUCCUCAAAUAUAUCUUACGAAUAAAAUAUUCAUAUUUUGUAUAACUUUCCAGGAAAAUGUAAGCUAAAAGAAUUUGACUUGAGUAAAUUAAAGUUACUCUCUCUACCAUCCAUUCUUUCUCAUCUUCGCCAAAUUUAGAUGUAAGAAAACGAAAGGUAGUUCUAUUUUGAGGAGAACAAUUUUCGUUUACUGCUACAGUAACCAUAAAUUAUCUUGACUAUUUUUGAAAAUAGCAAAAAAGAAAAAAAGUGAAAAUUUACUAUCUUUAAAACUAACAACAGAUAUAUAACCACAAAAGUCGAUCAUAAUUUUCCAAACACAAGAUUUCGAGUUGAAUAUCUUGCACUUACUACAAAAGAAAACAAACUGCAAAAAAAUGGCGUCAUCUAGAUUUCAACUUGUUGCCCUUCUCGUCAUCUUCUCUCUUGUUAUUUCUGCCAAAUCUCAAGAAAAGGAUAUACUGGACGGACCGUGCCGCUUGAGAGGAACGUGCAAACAGGACAGCGACUGCGACGUUCAUUGCCAUCGUAGCACCGACCCUCCAGCCAUGGCCGGCCGCUGCCUCUUGGCUAGACCCUCUGGUCCCGUUUGCUGCUGCCUUUUUGAUUAAUCCGAUCCAUUUUAAUUCUCUCACUCUCCAUGAUCAAUAAAGCGAAGAAUAAAGAAGAAUAAAAGAAGCGAUAUAGUGUUUCUUAUAAUUUAAAUUUUUUUCUUUCUUUACCACAUAGACUGAUAGACACUUGUAUCAUGUCACGAUAGUCUUUUUUUAAUUGUAAGAAAAUGGCUAUUAUUAGUAAACAUUUAUAUUUUCUUAAAAUUUUUGUUUUUGUUCUUAAUUCAUCUAGGCCAAAAGAAAAAUAUCAUUUUCUUCUGCAAAGAUAGCAACUUCUGCUAACUUGAUUGUGUUAGUAUUAUUUAAACCUCAGAACUACCAUCAGUUGAGAGAUUUGGCCAUUGUUGAAUAUGAUGCAAUAGACAACAAAUAGGUAUAUGUAUAUAUACAUACAUACACAUAUUCUCCCUCUCCCUCUCAAAUUUUCAGAAAAUAAUAAUCCA